UAUGACUAAAAAUUGCUGCAGUGUCGCUUUCUACCUUUAACUACAUUCACUCAGUCGGACAAUACUGGUUUUGUUAAUUGGAGAGCGAUAUAUAAUCACUUUAUAAAGUAUUCUUCUAAAACAAGUAAAAAUAGUUUCAGUAGACGCGCUGAAAGAAUUGAUAGAACAACGAAGUUCACCCAGGUAUAGACAAACCGUGAAAGUCACUAGAUAGACGAUAAUGGCCGAAUUUAUUCGUACACAGAUUUUUGGUACAUGUUUUGAAAUCACUACGCGUUACAGCGAUCUGCAGCCGAUUGGCAUGGGUGCCUUCGGAUUAGUUUGUUCAGCAAAGGAUCAGCUUACGGGAAUGAAUGUCGCCGUGAAGAAGAUCAUGAAGCCGUUCAGUACACCAGUUUUAGCUAAAAGAACAUAUCGAGAACUAAAGCUUUUGAAACACCUUCGUCAUGAAAAUGUCAUUAGUUUAAGUGAUAUUUUCAUUUCUCCGUUUGAGGACAUAUAUUUUAUUACAGAAUUACUGGGUACAGAUCUUCACCGAUUGCUGACUUCGAGACCGUUAGAAACGCAAUUUAUUCAGUAUUUCCUAUACCAAAUUCUACGAGGACUGAAAUUCGUACAUUCGGCAGGUGUAAUCCAUAGGGAUUUGAAGCCUAGUAAUAUUUUGAUUAAUGAAAACUGCGAUCUAAAAAUUUGCGACUUCGGCCUUGCCCGUAUACAAGAUCCUCAAAUGACUGGUUAUGUUUCUACUCGGUAUUACCGUGCUCCAGAGAUUAUGCUUACGUGGCAAAAAUACAACGUUGAAGUAGAUAUUUGGAGUGCUGGAUGUAUUUUCGCAGAGAUGAUAGAAGGAAAACCUUUGUUCCCUGGCCGCGAUCAUGUUAACCAAUUUUCCAUUAUCACUGAACUCUUAGGCACUCCACCUAUGGAAGUUAUCGAGACCAUUUGUAGCAAGAAUACUUUACGCUUUGUCCAGUCUCUCCCUAAAAAAGAAAAGGUUCCCUUUGCAGAAAAAUUUAAGAAUGCCGACCCUGCUGCCGUGGACUUAUUAGAAAAGAUGCUUGUCUUUGACCCCCGUAAGCGUAUAAGUGCGGCUGAUGCUUUAGCCCACGAAUAUCUCGCUCCUUACCAUGAUCCUACGGAUGAACCCGUCGCAGAUGAAAUUUUCGAUUGGUCUUUCCAAGACAGCGAUUUACCUGUUGAGACCUGGAAGGUAAUGAUGUAUUCCGAAGUGUUAUCAUUUCAUAAUCUCGAUAAUGACCAACAAGCAUGAAGUCGUGCUUGAUGGUUUAGGGUUUCCUUGAGCUAUUAAUCGGUUAUUUAGUUUCGGAAUGUAUACUUCGGCUGAUUCAUUCUCAAAUUUACCCUCCGUGUUUCUUAGGAUAUCGCGUGUAUUAUCUUGCUGAUUGGUACGUUUGGAUCACGUUCAUCGCUUUUAUUCUGUUUUAAAAAGGCUACUUUUUAUUUAUCUCUUAUCAUGUGUAUGUAGUUUUUAUAUAUGCCUUUUCAUGGAGUUGUCAAUGACAAACCGUCAUUAAGAAAAGGUUCAUUUAUGAUUUAUCCUUGCGAUAGUCCUUUGUUCUUAAAAGGAAUGUAUCAAGUGGUAGUUUUAUGGAUUAGAGGAUUUAUAGAUCUUUGCAUUAUAGUUCUUCGAACUCCUACAAUGGCAAAGUGUUGUUAAGUCGGGUUUGCGAAUAAAAUUAAUGGUAUUUAAUACUAGUAAAC